UGCGCGUGAUUUUCGGAAUAACUCAAUUUUCUCCUCGUGGAAAAUGAAUUUUGUACUGCUUUAAGGUGGCCAUUGGGGAGGGAUUCCAUUGGUGGCUGUCGUUUUUGUGUUUUCUGUUUGUUAUGUAGAAUUUCUCAGUGUUUGGCCCCUUGGUUGUCAUAGCAACCAGAUUCCUUAGCGGAGCAUUCAACCUACUGCUGCUUUACCAGUUACAGCAGCAAUAAAAAUGCCUGACUCUACAACAGAUGAUGUAUACAGUGCUCCUCAGAUCAACAUUCCCCCUACUUUUCCGUUCAUACUGAAACAGUAUGCCAAAGCAGCCAUUCGAACUCAGCCGUAUGAUCUAUUGCGAUGGUCUGCUGCUUACUUCAGAGCUCUGGCCAAAGGAGAAGAACCACCAAUAAAAGAUCGGUUGGAGUAUCCUCCUCCAGACACUCCGUCUGGUCUUUCACCAGGAUAUUUAAAAGUCUUGAUUAAACAGAUUGGGAAAGGAGGAACGGUGACAGUGAAUGAACUUGUGGAGCGGUGGAACGGAAUUUGUCUUGCUGAGGAGCCACUACAGGAAAUGCUUGCUGUUGGCCAGUUUGGUGAAACCUUUGACUGGCUACACUUUGUAGCUGUAGCUGCAGGGUUCCUGUCUAAUAAUUUGACACAAACAAUGGUUUUGCUGUGUAAUUUGCUGACAGAUGAGCCUGAUGGUGGCUCAGCUAUGAUUCCUCUUCAUACAUUUGCAAAUUUGUAUACAUUCUUAGCAUCUCUUGACUGUGGGGGAGGCGAAGAUCCUGAAGAUGAGGAUGAGAGCCAUCAUGAAUAUGUCUUAACGGAAGGACAGAGAGAUGAUGCCAGUUUAUUCUCUCAAGAUUCAGCCUCUUUGAGAAGAGAAAGUGUUGAAUCAUGUCCAACAGACCCUUCUAUUUAUCAAGUGGACUGGGAGUCUCAAAGUGCACAUCAGUUGUUUGUUGAAAUGCACUGUCCUUUCCCAAGUCCUCCAACAUCACGCCCUUGCACUCCAUUUAUUGAUAUGGGAAAUGCUAGCACAACUACUCUUACCUCACAAAAUCAGCAAUGUAUCUCCAAGGAACAAGAAAAUAAGGAGGCACACCCAGAAGCUCGCCUUGAGACCUUUUAUGAUGCAAAACCAAAGGGAAGUCAUCACUCCAGUCAAGAAUUGACUGAAAAGGGCAAGAUAGCCACAGAUAUGCAAGAGCCCCAGCCUGAUCCUCAAAAUAAUGAAAAGAGAAGCAUCAGCCUGAUAGAGCAGAGCACCGUGAAUGAACCAAAGAUAAAGAGUAGUGCAUCGGUUCCAAGCUCAGCUCUCACUACAACAAUGAAACAGACGAGCAGUGGUCGAGGUGACUCGGCCCAAGUACCCACUUCGAUCAGAAAGAGAAGUUCAGAUGGAGUUCGGAACAAACGACAUAUUCCUGGAAUAGGAGCUCUGGUUGAUGCUAUUCAAAUUCAAGCAGUCAUAAACUACCUUGAAGGCGUAGCUUUGAAACAAGAUGGCAUGAUAAAGCCAAGCAACAUUCGACACUUUCUAUGUCCUCCUCUGGAAAAGGUUCCAGCAUCACAAAAGACCAGAGUCUGAUCAGAAAGACAACUUGAGCAAUGUGCUCUCUUACACCACAGCUGGUAUCUUGUAAAAGGAGCUUGCAGAAAGUAGUUGCCAUAGAAGGCUGAUAUUCAUUUUAUGGAAAGACUAAAAGCAUAUUCUUAACUCACAACACCCUUUGACUAAGGUACAUAAAUCUACUUUGUACCACCUUUCCAUUGCUCACAGUACCUGCUACUUUGCACUUUGUGAUAUCUUUUGUAACUGAUGUUACCAAAAAUAAUUUAUCUCUUCCAAAGAGCUAACAGUUUCUUGCUUGUCCUUGCUGUUACAUGUAGCCUUAGUAUUUGCUCAAUUAGCAAAAGAAAGAUUUUAUUUCUUGUUCUGUAAUGAAUAAAGAAUUCUGCAGCACUGAUAUUCCUCAGGCCUCUUAACACGUUUU